UUUUUCUUGUGGACGGUCAGUCCGAUCUCAUCGGAGACAUCUCGAUGGAGACCCUAGCUUGCCUUCGAGAAGCGUCGGAGGAGGAGGCACCAGUGCAAUGGAACUACCAGUGUAACAUGGAUGGUUACAUGAUGAAGCUCUGAAGUGCAGUGAUUGAGCUCUUUGAUGCCCGCUCUGCCAAAUUUGGGCAAGUUUCUCUUCAUUCGUUUACCAUGAUCUCUUUAUUUUGGAUCCUUCCAGAACAUCAAGGAAGGAAUGAUUGUCUGGUCGCACUUAAGUGGAUCUGACCGCGACACACAGUCCUGCAAAAACAGCGGAAGGCCAUCAACGCGGAGGCAAGAGCAGGCAAUGGUGUCGCUGUUCGGCAAGAAGAAGGAGGGAAGGACGCUGCGCCCGCGCGUGCGCCGUGCAACUCCUCUCAUGGACAUCGGUCUGGCAGUAAUCCUGGGUGCCGUCACGGGUGUUUACAUCUUCAAAGACACGAUGCAGCGUUGGCAGAUUUCUGAGGGCGAGUACGUGGCAGCGGAGGUCAGCAAGGCCAAUCAAGCAGCACAGAAUGCGCAGACUUCAGCGGCCCAGGAUGCAACAAGGAAUUAGAUAAGUAGAAACGUCCUUAAUGGCAGCAAAAACACUGUGCCAAUCCGGUUUCCUGCUGUGUUAGAAAGGUUUAGCAAGACUCAAGUAUCUCAGUGACUCAUGCGAUUGUACUGGGCGGCCUGCAACUCCUGCAGAGACGUAAGUCGUUAAUAUAUAGGCGAUAGGCAAAGUGCUGCGGUGGUCGUUGGCCUGCCAGCAGUGCCAGGUCAACGCUGGUAUUAAAGCGUACAGACUGUACGGGACAGUGUUUGGCACCAUAAUUCACAUGUCAGCGCUGGUGUGGUGCACCCCACGAAAUGCAAUUCCGGUUUUUAACCAAUCAAG